UCUUGUUGGAGAGAGAGGUAACAGGCUCUCUAGGCGCAGAAAAUGAUUACUGUUUCGAAUCGAAGAGUCGAAUGGAUCUUAACAUUUAUAUAGAUUAAAAUGCCGAUUUGCCGUUCAUGAGACAAAAGUCAUCUGGGUUCAACACUGUGCUUCUGGUCUCAUUGCCCCUCUGUCUGCCUCCAGUUCUUUUGAAGUAGGUGCAAAUGCCAAACACUUAAAGCCACAUCCACGGGUCUGCUGCCUCUCACAAGGGAGUGAGAAAAUCAAAUUGCCAUGGGAAACCAACUGACAGACAUGGCUCCCAACACACCGUUCCUUCCUAACUUCCAGUCUCUUCAUGUGGUGGUUAUUGGACUGGACUCUUCUGGCAAAACCUCCCUCCUUUACAGACUCAAGCUGAAGGAAUUCGUCAAAACCAUUCCAACUAAGGGCUUUAACACAGAGAAGAUCAAAGUGCCAGUGGGCAACGGCCGCGCCAUCACGUUCCAGGUGUGGGACGUGGGUGGCCACGACAAGCUGCGGCCUCUGUGGAAGUCGUACACACGCCGCACCGAUGGUAUGGUCUUUGUGGUGGACUCCACGGAAGCCGAGCGCAUGGAGGAGGCCAAGGUGGAGCUGCACAAGAUCACACGCACGUCAGAGAACCAGGGUGUGCCCGUGCUCUUGCUGGCUAACAAACAGGAUCUUCCGGCCGCGCUGGCUGUCAGCGAGGUGGAGAAGGUUCUGGCUGUGCACGAACUGAGUGCCAACACCCUGCACCAUGUGCAAGGAUGCAGCGCUGUUGAUGGGCAGGGUCUGCAGCAGGGCCUGGAGAAACUGUACGAGAUGAUCCUCAAAAGGAAAAAGAUGGUGCGGCAUGGCAAGAAGAAGAGAUGAGCAGCUUAGGGCACCCUUUUAAGACUCGGUUAUGCCUCCUGUGAACCCCUGCGAUGGUCUCUGUAUUAUUGUGGGAUUUGGCAGCGAUUUGCUGAACAAAGGAAUUGUUCCAGAUGGCCCUGAGGUCAGGAGAAAAUGGAUUUGACCUUUAUGUGUCACAGUAUUGAACUGCUUUCUUCCAUGCCUAGUAUUGCUGUGCAGCAGCCCUUUGUAUCUGAGGAAUUAUAUGCGAUAGGUCUGAUCUGUAGCAUCAACAGAAUUUAAACGUAUUUCUUUUGUUCAUAUAUUUUGUCCUCUAGAAAUCAAAUAGACUGAAUUGAGGACCAUAGCUGGCAACAUAUAGAUUUUUCUUUCAGAGGCACCUCAAACAAAGCCUUGUGUUUUAGUUUUGUUGGACAGAUUGCCAGUGCGGAUAUAAAAAAGACUGUAUAAAAUGUUUAGGCUAAAGUAUUUGUGGAUUUAACAUCCAAAGCAGCGAGUGUUCACACUUCUGAGGUCAAGUUUAUGUUGGGAAACCUGAUUGUUUUUACAUGCUGUAAAUAGUUUUUUUUUGUAAUGCUGAGAAAUUAAUAAAUUAUAGAUAACUUUGACACAAAUUAUGUGUAAACAGA